GCUUUGGGGCGGGGGCGGAGGCUGACGGAGGGAGGCUGCGGCAUCCGACCGACGACAAGCGUCGAGCGAGCGAGAGACGCGCGCCUGUGAUGUAGACGCGCUACCUGCCUGCCUGCCCCCCGUCCCGACCCGUCCCGUCCCGUCCUGUCCUGUCCUGUCCUGUCCACCCCCACCAUGCCGGCGGGGAUGAAGCCGCUCGAGAAGUUCCUAAAGAAGCAGACGAGCGCGCUUAGCCGAGCCGGAGGAGGUGGAGGAGGAGGUGGAGGACCGGGAGCCGGACCGGGAGGCGGCGGAGGAGGAGCGGACAAGACCGGCGGGGGGACCGCGGCGUCGCGGCGGAGGGCUAGCCUGUCCCGCGUCGUCCCCUUCUUCAGGGAGACCUCCCCGGAGGGGGGGCAGGCCCGCGAGCUCUUCAGCCCCGACAGCGAGGACGCCCCACCCUGGCCUCCUGCCGGCUCGUCGCUCAACGGCUCGGCUGGCGGCGACGCACGUAGCCCAUCUUUGUCCGGCGACGAGCAGAGUUCCGAAGCCAGCCCGGCGGCGGAAAGUGGCGGCGGCGGUGCCGCCGUUCAUGCCGACACGCCCCAAAACCUGAUGUUCGCCGUGCUGGACAGCGUGGCGGGAAAACGCUUGGUCAACUGCGCAGAGACGUUGCUGGAUGACUUCAUGUUGACUCAUCCCAUCUUUCUUACGGCCGACGCCUUUCAGCAAGUUCUACUGCAGCAGUUUUGUCUGCAUGUAGGGGAGGGGCCAGGUGAGGCAGGAGAGAGGCCGGGAGCGGAGGGGGAGCAGCAAGGAGAGAGCGGUCAGAGUGGGCCGUACGGGGAGGCGGAGCCAGACGACCUCCGCAGGAAGCGGGCCGUGCUCAGCGUGGCCUUUCGCUACCUGGACACAUACCGAGAACUCCUGCAGGAGGAGGGAGACAAAUUCCCAAAGGAAUUGUACUUGUGUGCGCUUCAGGAGCUCAGUCGACAUCCUGACCUGGUCGACGACGUCGUCAAACUGGAACGCUGGACUCAAAUUUUACACUGCUCUUGCAGCGAGGAAAAGGAGAGCCGCAGGAAGCAAGUGCGACCGCUCUUCCGCCAUUUCCGGCGAAUCGACGCCUGCCUGCAGCCCAGGGAGGCGUUCAGGGGCUCUGACGAGAUCUUCUGCAGGGUCUACACUCCCGACCACUCCUACGUAACCAUCCGAAGCCGGCUGUCGUGCCGUGUGGGCGACAUCCUGGCAUUGGUGCGCGAGAAGCUGCAGUACAGCGACGAGCGCCCGCUCCUUCCCGGCAAACUGAUCCUGGUGGCCGUCACGUCGGCCGGAGAGAAGGCGGUGUUCCGGCCAAGCGACGAAGCCGUCUUCACCACGCUGGGGGUCAACACGCAUUUGUUUACUUGCCAACCCUCGGAGCUCGACUCCCUGCUCCCUCUUCCCGAGGAGAUCCACUGGACGCCCGGAGACAGCAAACUUCACGACAUGUCAGCCGAAGAAGUGGCCAACCAGUUGGUGGCCUUCGACUGGGAGCUCUUCAGCUGUGUGCAUGAGGUGGAGUUUGUGUGUUAUGUGUUCCACGGCGAGCAGUCCCGUUGGCGCCCCCUCAACUUGGAGCUGGUACUACAGCGCUGCAGCGAGGUUCAGCACUGGGUGGCCACGGAGAUGCUGCAGUGCCACUCACUGCCCAAACGCAUUCAGCUGCUCAGAAAGUUCAUCAAGAUCGCUGCGCUCUGCAAACAACAGCAAGACCUUCUGUCCUUCCUGGCCGUGCUGCUGGGCUUGGACAACCCGGCACUCAGCAGGCUGAGGCUCACCUGGGAGGGUCUUCCGGGGAAAUUCCGCAAACAGUUUCAACAAUUUGAAAGCAUCACUGAUCCUUCUCGAAACCACAAGUCCUACAGAGACCUGAUCACCAGUCUUACGCCACCGCUCAUUCCCUUCACUCCUCUGCUGCUCAAAGACUUGACUUUUCUUCACGAGAGUUGUAAAACUUUUCAUGGCCAACACGUCAACUUUGACAAAAUGCACAAAGUGGCUGAAAUGGUCCGAGGCAUCCGCAGAUACCGCAGCGGACAACUGGUCAUGGAUACGGAGACGUCGCCGUCCCAUUUGCAGACGAAAGCGUACGUGAGGCAGCUGCACGUCAUCGACAACCAAAAUCUGCUCUUUGACUUGUCCUGCAAACUCGAACCCAGAGACGGAUAGACCUCACCCCCCCCCCCCCCCCCCCCCCCUCCACUAAAGGAAGAAAAAAACACGUGAAGGGGACAUGCCAAGAGGACACGGUAGGACACAUGCAAAGACGGGUGAAGACCGGCCCCACCUCCUCAUCUUCCUCUUCAGCCAAUCAGGACAAGCUUGGCUGUCAUUUAUUCCUUCAUUUGCAUUUCGGCCCCGCCCACAAAUAGCUAAUGACACUAAUCACUUCCUUUCUUCACGUCUUUACCUUAUUUCCUCCCCUACUUCUUUGCCAUCCUACCUGCUAAACUUAAAUCUUUCCUCACUUUCUUUACAGCCUUCAUUUCCUUUUCUUACUUCUAUUCAUUUCCUUACUUUCUUGUCUUUCCUUAUUUCCUUUCCUUCCUUCCUUCCCUGACUUUGUAAUCUCACUUCCUUACUAGCUUUCUUCACUUUCUAUUCUUGUGUCUAUGAGUCACUUUCUUUCCUUCCCCCCCGUCCUCACUUCUUUAUUUCGUGCCAAUUCUUUUCCUUUGUUCCUCGUUUCCUUUCCUCGUUUCCUUUCCUGGCUUCCGUGUGACGUGAGCGGACGCCUCCACCCAGGAAAAAAGGUUUCAACUAUUUUCCGACGAAGCACUUUGAUGACCCUCUCAGGGCUGCGAGGUUUUGUUUACUUCUUCUAUUGUCGUGCGAUGACUUCAUCAUUAUUAUGAUUAAUAUUGCUCUUAAGAUUAUUGUUGUUGUUUUUUUUUAGUUGUUGUGCACAACACUAUUUUUGACAAACAAAAGCUGUUUGCUCGACCGACACGUUUAGUGAGGUAUAUUGAGUCCCCAGGUGAGGUUGAAGCUGGACUUUUCCUUUGAAGGACUGCAAAGCACCGAUUAAGGCCGCCACUUGCGGGACCGGCAAGUCGUCCUCGGAUGCUUUUAUUAGCAACGUGACAAGAUGACAGUCGCUCAGAAUGCCGAGAUACUAAAAUGUCCACUCCGAGACAAAAUGGCAGUGUAGUUCAAGUGGCCACUUCCAAAAAAAAUUAGGGGGCUAGAUUGGCUCAUGCGCAUCGCUCAUCAAUCGGCAAUUGAUUUGGUGGGGCUGAUUGCUUUCAAAGUGCUCAUUCCAGGCUUUGGAGAAGACUACUUGUCACUUUGCUACUUUUAUCACUCAGGCGGGGACGUUUGUGUAAAUAGCCGCGGUGUAAAUAGACGAAACCCACGCAGAAUCUAUUUUACGUAAAAGCGUCCCGCUUGGUUUUUGCUUUGUCGGCUUUGGGUCGAUUGGACGCGGCGGCGGCAGGGAGUUAGCUAGCUAGCCGAGCCACCUUAACACCUGUUUGAAGAACGCAGCGGGCUAGCUAACAAACUAGUCCGCUAGCGAAGGAUGACGGACUGUUGACGCUUGAAUUUUAAAGUGGGAUAUUUUUCAAACUGGAGUCUUUGUAAUGUGAUUUUUCUGCACUUGAAAAUCUUGUCAUGUUCCUUCCUACAGCUACAAAAAUAAAUGCUGACCUGCGACCGAU